CCAAUUCAAAAAUCGCAGUCAACACGAAAAGGUCGAAGUCGAACAAGAGGAAACCGCCAGCUCCGGUGGGGACGAUAAAUCCGGGAUGACGUUCCUCGACCAUUGGCGCAACCAUGGGAAUCCCACGACCAGCCAGGAGGAGCUCGACAAGUGCCCGCACUGUCAGCUGCUCAGGUUCUCAAACUUCGAAAAGUACCCGGUCCGCAUCAGGAACACGCAGAACAAGCAGGUCAUCCCGGUCGGCUUCACUUUCAUUGAGGAGUCGAUCAUCCGCGAAGGAGUCACCGUUGCGAGCGACGAGUUCCACUCGGGAUGCAGCUGCAAGAGCGACAGCGACUGCCAGCGUGAGGGCUGCUCUUGCUUGCAGGAUAUGGUGUUCGACAAGCUUGGUCCCAACAACAAGAUCUACGCGUACCAUAGCACGGGCUCCAAGAAAGAGCUGUUGAGAGGAGAUUUGCUCGACUCCCGCGACCCGAUCUACGAGUGCCACAGCGGCUGCUCUUGCAGCGCGAACUGCCCGAACCGCGUCGUUGAGCGAGGCCGCAAGAUCCCCUUGGACCUCUUCAAGACUGAGGAUGGUCGUGGCUGGGGUGUUCGAUGCCAGUAUCCGAUCAAGCGUGGACAAUUCAUCGACAAGUACGUUGGAGAGAUCAUCACCGCCGAGGAAGCCGACCGGCGCCGCAACGCGUCCAAGAUCGCCAAGCACAAGGACAUCUACCUGUUCGCGCUGGACAAGUUCACCGACCCGGAGAGCCACGACGUGCGGCUCCGCGGCCCCUCCCUCGAGGUCGACGGCGAGUACUUCUCGGGCCCGACGCGCUUCAUCAACCACAGCUGCGAUCCCAACCUGCGCAUCUUCGCCCGGGUCGGGGACUACGCCGACAAGCACAUCCACGACCUGGCCUUCUUCGCCAUCAAGGACAUCCCGGCCGAGACGGAGCUCACCUUCGACUACGUCGAUGGCGAGGACACGGAUCUUGCCAGCGACGCUCGCGAUCCCAAGAAGAAGAAGAACAUGACAAAAUGUCUGUGCAAGUCGCCCAACUGCCGUGGCUAUCUCUGGUAAAAAACAUCAUCGGCAUCUCUCUCUCUCUCUUUAUGAUUUCUCGUGCGUGGUUGGUAUCUGGGGCGGCUCGGCUUUCACGGCGUUAACAAUACCCCUCCUAUCCGGCGUUUUCGCGAUCAAUCAUAGACCGGGAAUAUGAAUGAGCAGUCAAUCAGUCAGUCAGGUCACGCAUCGUAUUACUCGUUGCUCUUUUUUGCUCUCUAAAGGCAACGAGUAGAGGAGUGUUCACUUUUGCUAUUAUGGAAUGGGUGCGAGUCCUUCUUUUGCACAUCUACAGAUUCUGUAGUUAGGCAGGCAGGCAGUCAAGCACAGAUCAAGCAACUAAAAAAGCAAUCGUUG